AUGCAGAGUGUUCUCAAUUCCGUGAAAGGCACAGCACUCGGGGUUGCCGAAUACCUAACUCCCGUCCUGAAGGAGUCAAAAUUUCGAGAGACAGGAGUGCUGACACCGGAAGAAUUCGUUGCCGCCGGUGAACACCUGACCCACCAUUGUCCGACGUGGUCUUGGGCGGUCGGGGAUGAAAGCAAAAUCAAACCAUACCUCCCAAAAGAAAAACAGUUUCUCAUCACACGCAACGUUCCGUGCCGACGUCGAUGCAAACAGAUCGAAUUCGUCGGAGAAGAGAACCUCGUCGAAGAGAACGACCCCGAUGGAGGGUGGGUGGAAACGCAUCACUACAAUCCGGACGAUGCUGGAAACACCGGGCUGGAGGAUAAGGUGUGUGAAAUGAAGCUGGACAGUUCGCGCAUCGAGGACGAACCGGCUGCCGACAUGGAUGAUCCGCGGAACCUCGACGGUGGCUCCGAUGAUGACCCCGCCGCAGAGGACGAUGAAGACGGUGCCGCUAUCGAUAUGGACGAAUUUGAGGAGAGCGGUUUGUUGGAUACCGUUGAUCCGGUACGCAGUGGCUCAAUUCUGCUUCCACCCCCGAAUGAGAAGCCCGCGCGCAGCUUGUCGGAGCCGGAAGGUGAUUCCGUCGUUCGCACGAGGACGUAUGAUCUGCACAUUACGUACGACAAGUAUUACCAAACGCCGCGGCUUUGGGUGAUCGGGUACGACGAAAACCGAAAGCUGCUGAGCGUGGAGCAGAUGUAUGACGACGUUAGCCAGGAUCACGCAAAGAAAACGGUAACCAUGGAAACGCAUCCUCAUCUACCGGGACCGAACAUGGCAUCGGUGCAUCCCUGCAAGCAUGCCGAUAUUAUGAAGAAAAUAAUCCAAACCGUGGAGGAAGGCGGCGGCGAGCUGGGUGUCCACAUGUACCUCAUAAUAUUCCUGAAGUUCGUGCAAACCGUCAUACCAACGAUUGAGUACGAUUUCACGCAAAACUUCAACAUCACAAACCACAAAUAAGCGACGCCGGCGUUGUGCUCAACGGAACAGUUGAGGCGUAUAUUAGGAGUUGCUGUUGCUGCAGAUGCUGUCAAUGUUGUUGCUAUUGGCUUCGCCACGGUUCGCGGCUUUGCAAUUUUGAAUCAUGACUCCAUUUUACAGUUCCCACCAACCGUGGGGGUAGUCCGAGCGGCACCGUAACAUUGUAAACGGAAGCCGCCUGCUAUUCCACACAGCUCUUCGGUUCUUUUUUUGUCGUUUUUAAGUUUUAACGUACUCCUACGAUUUGUCUACCAUGUCCGUGUGUUUAUGUGUGUUUAAUUCGAUCGAUCCUUUUCGUCUCGAGAAAACCCUGAUGAUAUUUCAACGAACCGCAACCGCACUGUGUUAC